AUGAAAUUGGGAAGGAGUCACGAUUACUUUUGGGUUCUCCUUAAUUCUUUACAGGAAUAUUCAGUUCUUUGGACUGGAACAGCAAGAAAAAGUGACUUCAUCCUACGUUGUGAUCAUUGGUCUUGGAGGAGUUGGAAGUCAUACUCCAUCUAUGCUUUUGAGGUCAGGAAUAGGCAGACUUCUUCUUGUGGAUUUUUGAUCAGACAUGAUGUCGCAACAAGAGAGGCUGUUGGCACCCUCAAAGCCCUUUGCCUCAAGAAGCAUUUCUUGACAAUUUUCCCAGAGUGCCACAUCGAUGCAAAAGUGCUGUUAUAUGAUUCAUCAUCUGAAGAAGAAAUUCUUUCUGGGAAUCCUCAUUUUGUCCUAGAUUGCAUUAAAAUAUUGACACUAAGUUGGGUAAUUGUUUUACCUUGUGGUUCUCGAAAUCUUAGAAAGCCCUUUAAGUUGGAACUUGCCAUAAAUAUUGCAGAAUGCUAUAGAGGAUUUGGCGCGGAUGUGAUAAUGACAUCGGAAUCAUGUCGAAAUGGCAUAGAGCAUUGUAAUGAAGCACAUCAAAAGCUUGGAACAAUUAAAUGUGUGGUGGACAAUCGUGGAUAUGCAAUUCAUUUUUCACAAGGACUGAUACCAUUCAACAAGUUUGGAACGGUGAAUCCUGAAUUUCUGUACUUGCUUCAUUUGGAGAUUCAAGGUUUCGCUUGUAACAUGCAUUCAUGCUAG